AUUCAAAUUCAAAUUCUUGUUUGAUAAUUCCUUUACUUGAAAUAUUAAAAUCGUCUACUACAUAUUUUCUGUGAUAGACCUAAAAGUGGUCACAAUCUAUUAACGUAUUGAUUACAACUAUUUUAUAAGGAUUCUAUUUUUUCAUGGUAGUAAAUAUUAAUCUUUAUUUCUAUAAAAAAUUUCAGAGCUCCAGAACAACAAGAGCCCGCCAGAACUCGAAGACGUAACAGGCCCCCACAAUGGCUCAGGAGAGCCAGGAACAUCGCUCUCAUGGGGGCGCCACAGCCCGCUCAACUACACAGGCCGAAGGCUCCGCAGCCUCCACAAAUUAUGGCGGAGGUACGUCAUCCCACCUGGCGACGCCAUGAACGGGGGAGUAACAUACUGCUGAGGGUGCUAGACCCAAAUGGUCACCAACAACGUAUGUACCACCAAGGUACUAAUGGAGUAAUGGAGGAUCUAAUCAUUGAAUUGGAUAUUCCAAUUCCACCCCGCCGGCGCCGCAGGCUGGAGAAAGAGCCACAACACGACGGGCCCGCCAGACCUCUAGAGCCACAACAUGACGAGACCACCAGACCUCUAGAGCCACAACAUGACGAGACCACCAGACCUCUGUAA